GAUCAUAACAUGUUAACAACUGUAGAGGGAAAGUGAUUGACAUAUAUAGAUAACACCACACAACAAGAAAAUGGAGGAAGGGAGAGAGAUGGGGAGAUGAAGACAUAGAGAUGGGGAGAGAUAGAGAAAGAGAUUCUUUCAAACUUUUUUUUCAACUUUUAACUUGUGAGUGUAAUGUUUACUGUUCAGUUCUGAAUGUUUAUUUCCCUUGUUUAUUGUCUAUUCCAUUUGCUUUGGCAAUGCCAACAUAUUUUUCCCAAGCCAAUAAAGUCCUUUCAAUUGAAUUGAAAAUAGAGAGAUGGAGAGUUUAAGCUGCUGCUACCGACAAGAUGGUAAUCUCCAUACCAAUGGAACAUUUGAUGUUAAACCUCCCUUUGAUUGGUCUGGGACAUCUGCCUAGUGAUCUCUCAGCAGCAAGUAGAGCCCCUGAUUGGUCUGGGACAUCUGCCUAGUGAUCUCUCAGCAGCAAGUAGAGCCCCUGAUUGGUCUGGGAAAUCUGCUUGGUGCUCUCUCAACACGCAGAGACCCAUAUUGGUCUGGGACAUCUGCUUGGUGCUCUCUCAACAAGUAGAGCCCCAGAUUGGUCUGGGACAUCUGCUUGGUGCUCUCUCAACAAGUAGAGCCCCUGAUUGGUCUGGGACAUCUGCCUGGUGCUCUCUCAGCAAGUAGAGCCCCUGAUUGGUCUGGGACAUCUGCCUGGUGCUCUCUCAACAAGUAGAGCCCCUGAUUGGUCUGGGACAUCUGCAUGGUGCUCUCUCAGCAAGUAGAGCCCCUGAUUGGUCUGGGACAUCUGCUUGGUGCUCUCUCAGGAAGUAGAGCCCCUGAUUGGUCUGGGACAUCUGCCUGGUGCUCUCUCAGCAAGUAGAGCCCCUGAUUGGUCUGGGACAUCUGCUUGGUGCUCUCUCAACAAGCAGAGCCCCAGAUUGGUCUGGGACAUCUGCUUGGUGCUCUCUCAACAAGUAGAGCCCCUGAUUGGUCUGGGACAUCUGCUUGGUGCUCUCUCAGCAAGUAGAGCCCCAGAUUGGUCUGGGACAUCUGCUUGGUGCUCUCUCAACAAGCAGAGCCCCAGAUUGGUCUGGGACAUGUAAUUACUGUGUGUAGUUGACUACAGUUAACACCAAUAGUAUUUAGCUACUACAGUAAAUCACAACAGAGAAACACCAUUCACAUCUUGGUGGAUGCUUUCUAAUACAGUAGGCUGGGCUGCUGAAGAACGAGCAGUGACAGCCUUGGGGUAAUAUAUAGGUCAUCAGUCAACUCUGUGAGCUGAAAAGAUGAAUAUGGAACUGAAAAAUAUAUACUCAUAUGAGUACACUAAAAUCUCAAGUUACUAGAGAGAUGUAUGGUGUUUGCCACUGUGCCAUUUCCCCUCAUAGAGUUGUAAUCCCAACCUUAGAAGAUAGCCCUGGAUAACUCACAUUUGCUCGUAAAUAGUUUGCAGUUUUUAAGAAUUACAAGGGGGGAAACAGAUUACCGACCAACAACCCGCUCUGCCGCUAGGGGGCAUCAGAUUACUGCGAUAUCUCAUUAUGUGCUCUUAUUGGUGCUUAAAAGCGUUUCCAUUCAUCAAUGUUACAACCUAAUAGAGGAAACGACAUGUACUACAACCAGUAUGCUGUCUAAAUGUAAUAUCAUAACAAUAAACAACGAAUAAAUCACAUACAUCCAAUGUAUCCAUUCGUAUAGAGCCAUUUAAUCCCCAGUGGUAGGCUAUAUAUACAGACACACAGGGAGAUAUAGAGCUGCGUUAUCAGAAAUACACCAAUGAAUGUGCGGCAUGCUAGUUCAUCUCUCUGAACCCCGAUCUCUCCAAAACCAAUCAGAACUCUAACAAAGCAUCAUUCCGGUAAACCAAUAGGCCUAGUUUCCACCUGGUACUAGGUCUACUCCAUUCGCGCACGGACCAAAGGACUUCCUCGCUCCUUAUAUGGCUGACCCGCUCAAUGGAGACGUCAGAGGCACACCCGUUUUGUCCAAGCACAUUAUCCCAUUCUACAGGACACGUCCAGCCAUCAUCAAAAUCCACUUUCUCUCGCCGUUGUCUUUCUUUUUACGAUAAUUUGUAACUCAUUGGAAUAGCACGAGCCACGGUGCAGCUGUUUUCAUUAACCCAGUUCUAGUUGCUGCGUCACCGCCAUACAACACGGGAUAUCUGAUUAGUGAGCACAGUUUUACUGGGUUGGAUAGAGGGAAUAGAGAAUGACUCACAUUUUGAAAAAAGGAAUGCUUUGACUACAGUGUGGAUUUUGACUGGAUGCAAGUGUGUUUUAGUGUGUGUUUUAGUGUGUGUUUUAAUGUGUGUUUUUCCCUUUGUGUUUCUGAUGGUGCAUCACAGAGUGUUUUAUGCUAUUUAGAAAUGUUACUUUAAUUUGCUGAGUGGUUAACUAUAUUCAGUCAGAUUUCUCACGCGUUCAUCAACCGCCGGCACUUUACAUACUGUUAUGCUUUAAGCAUCUUAAUUACUGAAUACAAUGGUGCAAUAAUUUAGUAUUUGUGCCUUUACUUGUCGACACCCGCGGGCAGCACACUGGGGUAACAACGAAACGGAAAGUUUUGGAAACAUUGACGGAUAGAUAUGGCAAUGGUAACGUGGAGAAACGGAGAGGAAGAUGUCGCCCGCGACUCUCAAGACGGAAUCUCUUCCCCGGUCUCUCAAGGCGAACCGUUAUCCCUCUCUACCGACCUAACGGGACACCUCAAUCCCACAUCCUCUCUGGAUAUCUCCUCAACACGUCAGACACCCCAAGGCGCUCAUUCAAGCAAUACAUCUCAAUCUAUCACUAGCCAAACGUCGACUAACUCCAUGGACAAACAACAGCCUCAGCAGAUCGAGUGUGUGGUGUGCGGGGAUAAAUCCAGCGGGAAGCACUAUGGUCAGUUCACAUGUGAGGGGUGUAAGAGCUUCUUCAAACGGAGCGUCAGACGGAACCUCGGCUACACCUGCCGCGCUAGCAGGAACUGUCCCAUUGAUCAACACCACAGGAAUCAAUGCCAGUACUGCCGCCUCAAGAAAUGUGUCAAAGUGGGAAUGCGGAGAGAAGCGGUUCAGAGAGGGAGGAUGCUGCCUACUCAACCGUACCACGGUCAGUUCUCCAUAACCAACGGAGACCCUCUCCAAUGCCACUCCUACCUUUCUGGAUACAUCUCCCUGCUCAUGCGAGCCGAGCCCUACCCCACAUCCAGAUACAGCACGCAGUGUAUGCAGUCCAACAACCUCGUGGGGAUCGAGAACAUCUGUGAGCUAGCCGCCCGGAUGCUGUUCUCGGCGGUGGAGUGGGCCCGAAACAUCCCCUUCUUCCCCGACCUCCAGAUCACCGACCAGGUCGCCCUGCUCCGGCUCACUUGGAGCGAGUUGUUCGUGCUGAACGCGGCCCAGUGCUCAAUGCCGGUGCAUGUGGCUCCUCUCCUGGCCGCGGCAGGGCUGCAUGCCGCCCCCAUGUCGGCGGAGAGAGUCGUGUCUUUCAUGGAUCAUAUCCGGAUCUUCCAGGAGCAGGUGGAGAAGCUGAAGGUUCUGCAUGUUGACUCAGCCGAGUACAGCUGCAUUAAGGCUAUAGUUCUCUUUACGUCAGAUGCGUGCGGUCUGUCAGACGUGACUCACGUGGACGAUCUUCAGGAGAAGUCCCAGUGCGCCCUGGAAGAGUACAUCAGGAGCCAGUACCCAAACCAACCGAACCGGUUUGGGAAGCUACUACUCCGUCUGCCCUCUCUACGCACCGUCUCCUCGUCCGUUAUAGAACAGUUAUUCUUCAUCCGGUUGGUCGGAAAAACACCAAUAGAAACUCUCAUUAGGGAUAUGUUGCUUUCCGGAAGCAGUUUUAAUUGGCCUUACAUGUCGAUGCAGUAGAAUAAGAACAUUCCAGAACACACCAGGAAUGGAAUCAUAGAACUAUAAUGUUCUAUGGGUGGAACUUUAGAUACUGUCAGAGGAACAGGCAACAUUCUAAAGCAGUGGUUCACAACCUUUAUCUGUAACUGUACCAGCAACUAAAUGUUACUCUGCCCGGAGUCCCCCCGGAGUCCCCUGGAGUACCACUGGAGUACGCCUGGAGUCCCCCUGGAGUACCACUGGAGUACGCCUGGAGUACGCCUGGAGUCCCCCUGGAGUACCACUGGAGUACGCCUGGAGUCCCCCCGGAGUCCCCCCGGAGUCCCCCUGGAGUACCACUGGAGUACGCCUGGAGUCCCCCCGGAGUCCCCCUGGAGUCCCACUGGAGUACGCCUGGAGUCCCCCCGGAGUCCCCCCGGAGUCCCCUGGAGUACCACUGGAGUACGCCUGGAGUCCCCCUGGAGUACCACUGGAGUACGCCUGGAGUCCCCCUGGAGUCCCACUGGAGUACGCCUGGAGUCCCCCUGGAGUCCCACUGGAGUACGCCUGGAGUCCCCCCGGAGUCCCCCCGGAAUCCCCUGGAGUACCACUGGAGUACGCCUGGAGUCCCCCUGGAGUACCACUGGAGUACGCCUGGAGUCCCCCCGGAGUACCACUGGAGUACGCCUGGAGUCCCCCUGGAGUACCACUGGAGUACGCCUGGAGUCCCCCCGGAGUCCCCCCGGAGUCCCCUGGAGUACGCCUGGAGUCCCCCCGGAGUCCCCUGGAGUACCACUGGAGUACGCCUGGAGUCCCCCUGGAGUACCACUGGAGUACGCCUGGAGUCCCCCCGGAGUCCCCUGGAGUCCCCCCGGAGUCCCCUGGAGUACGCCUGGAGUCCCACUGGAGUACGCCUGGAGUCCCCCCGGAGUCCCCUGGAGUACGCCUGGAGUCCCCCCGGAGUACCCACUCAGGUGCAUUUUACUAGCAGGCCUAUGGUCUCAUGAGUCUUCUCCAGUAACCCCUGAGGUUAGGCCAAGUACCCCCAGGGGUCCUAGUACCCCUGGUUGGGAACCACUGUUCUAAAGCAUGAAAAGAGACUAAUUAAAUGACAGGGAUCCUCCUCACAAAUCAUGAUUUGGGAAACAAAAUAGAGUAUUUAUUUGACCCUGUAUGUAUAUUUAUUGUGCAUGUUAAUGAUGUUUAUUUUUUACAAAUUUUUUCCAUUUGACCCUGGAUCAGAAAAUGACAAGGGAAUUGUUGUCGUUUGUUUCCGACUUUGUCUUUUGUCCAUACAUGUCUUUUUGUAUAAUGUGCUCCAAACAUGGAACUAAAACAUGAAUAGUUUCUUUAAAUAUUUCAAUAAACACAGUAGUCCAGGGGUACUCUAAUACUAUUAGAGAUGAUCUGAGCACACAGAUGUCCUAGAUGGCAAAGGUCUGGAUGGAUAUUGUCAUUUAUCAGUGUAACAGACCCUCACAACCCAUGCGACCCAAACCGUUCAACUGUUCACAGCCCUUAGCAGUUGAAAAGCUCAUUUCCUGCAAUUCUACACAUUUCCCAUGUCGUGUGUGUUCAUAUGAUACCAGGACUCAAAUCCCAACCCAACUAAAUGUGAAAAUGUUGUUUAAAAAAACAUGUUCUGGGUCUGGAUCCCGCGGUCCUUAUUGACUCCGUUCUGGGUCUGGAUCCCGCGGUCCUUAUUGACUCCGUUCUGGGUCUGGAUCCCGCGGUCCUUAUUGACUCCGUUCUGGGUCACGAUCCCGCGGUCCUUAUGACUCCGUUCUGGGUCUGGAUCCCAUGGUCCUUAUUGACUCCGUUCUGGGUCUGGAUCCCAUGGUCCUUAUUGACUCCGUUCUGGGUCUGGAUACCGCGGUCCUUAUUGACUCCGUUCUGGGUCUGGAUCCCAUGGUCCUUAUUGACUCCGUUCUGGGUCUGGAUCCCGUGGUCCUUAUUGACUCCGUUCUGGGUCUGGAUCCCGCGGUCCUUAUUGACUCCGUUCUGGGUCUGGAUCCCAUGGCCCUUAUUGACUCCGUUCUGGGUCUGGAUCCCAUGGUCCUUAUUGACUCCGUUCUGGGUCUGGAUCCCGCGGCCCUUAUUGACUCCGUUCUGGGUCUGGAUCCCAUGGUCCUUAUUGACUCCGUUCUGGCUGGUAUAGUGUACCAUAUCGCCAGUUCAUGUUACCACCAUCCCCCUGACAGAACUAUAUUCAUGUUACCACCAUCCCCCUGACAGAACUAUAUUCAUGUUACCACCAUCCCCCUGACAGAACUAUAUUCAUGUUACCACCAUCCCCCUGACAGAACUAUAUUCAUGUUACCACCAUCCCCCAGACAGAACUAUAUUCAUGUUACCACCAUCCCCCUGACAGAACUAUAUUCAUGUUACCACCAUCCUCCUGACAGAACUAUAUUCAUGUUACCACCAUCCCCCUGACAGAACUAUAUUCAUGUUACCACCAUCCCCCUGACAGAACUAUAUUCAUGUUACCACCAUCCCCCUGACAGAACUAUAUUCAUGUUACCACCAUCCCCCAGACAGAACUAUAUUCAUGUUACCACCAUCCCCCUGACAGAACUAUAUUCAUGUUACCACCAUCCCCCUGACAGAACUAUAUUCAUGUUACCACCAUCCCCCUGACAGAACUAUAUUCAUGUUACCACCAUCCCCCAGACAGAACUAUAUUCAUGUUACCACCAUCCCC